GCAGAGACCAGUAUCUAGGUGGGUCUGCUCAUAACCAGGAAAUAUCUCCAGUUCUUUUGCACACAUAUUCAGAGAAGGUACACUAUAUUCUCAACUCAAACUAACCUCUGUCAGUGUGAGCAGUAAAAUGGCACAGGCUGCAGGUCUUCUGGAUCUGGACCACUUGAGCUGUUCGAUCUGUCUGGAUUUACUGAAAAAUCCUGUGACUAUUCCCUGUGGACACAGUUACUGUAUGGGCUGUAUUAAGGUCUGCUGGGAUCGGGAUGAUCAUACUGGUGUCUACAGUUGUCCCCAAUGCAGAGAGACCUUCAUCCCAAGGCCUGUUUUAAGGAAAACCACCAUGUUUGCUGAAGUGGUGGAGAAACUGAAGCCAGGACUCCAAGCUGCUCCACCUGCUCACUGUUACACUGGACCUGGAGACAUGCCGUGUGAUGUCUGCACUGGAAGAAAGCGUAAAUCCACAAAGUCCUGUCUGGUGUGUCUGGCCUCUUACUGUGAAAUUCACCUCCAGCCUCACUAUGAAUCUCCUGCCUUUAAGAAGCACAAACUGGUCAAAACCAAAGGAAACCUACAGGAGAAGAUCUGCCCUCAACAUGACAAACUACUGGAGGUUUACUGUCGUACCGAUCAGCAGUGUAUCUGUCUGCUCUGUGUGAUGGAUAAACACAAAGGCCACAAAACAGUCUCAGCUGCAGCAGAAAGGACCAAGAAACAGAAGCAGCUGGGGGCGACACAGAGUAAAUUCCAGCAGAGAAUCCAGAAGAGAGAGAAGGAGCUGCAGGAUCUGAGACAGGCUGUGCAGUCACUCAAGCACUCCGCACAGGCAGCAGUGGAGGACAGUGAGAGGAUCUUUACUGAGAUGAUCCGCUCCAUUGAGAGAAGGUGCUCUGAGGUGAAAGAGCUGAUCAGAGAUCAGGAGAAGGCUGAAGUGAGUCGGGCUGAAGGACUCCUGGAGCGACUGGAGCAGGAGAUUGCUGAGCUGAGGAGGAGAGAGGCUGAGCUGGAGCAGCUUUCACACACAGAGGAUCACAUCCAUUUCCUCCAGAGGCGUCAGUCCCUCUGUACUCCUCCUGGACCUGGAGACUCACCCAGAAUCACUGUCAGUCCACACACAGUCAGUCUCAUCUCUUUUGAGGCUGUGAGGAGAUUUUGGUCUGAACUGAAGGAGCAGCUAGAGGACGUGUGCAAAUUUUCUGAAUCAGUAAAAGAAGUCCACACUGUGGAACCUAGGACCAGAGAGGAUUUCUUGCAAUAUUCCUGCCAGCUCACACUGGACCCCAAUACAGCAAAUAAAUACCUCCGUCUGUCUGAGGGGAACAGAGAGGUGUCCUGUUCGGCAGAGAUCCAGUCAUAUCCUGAUCAUCCAGAGAGAUUUGAGUGUUGGGCCCAAGUGCUGUGCAAAGAGGGUCUGUCAGGACGCUGUUACUGGGAGGCUGAGUGGAGUGGAGAAAGUGGGGUUUCUAUUGCAGUGUCAUAUAAAGACAUCAGCAGGAAAGAGCCAAGUAAUGACUGUGGUCUGGGUAAUGACAAGUCCUGGGCUUUGCGCUGCUCUCCUUCCAAUUACUCUUUUUGGCACAAUAGUAAAUGCACUGAACUCACUGUUCCCUCCUCCUCCAGAAUAGGAGUGUACGUGGAUCACAGGGCAGGAACUCUGUCCUUCUACAGCAUCUCUGACACAAUGACCCUCCUGCACAGAGUCCAGACCACAUUCACUCUGCCCCUCUAUCCUGGGUUUAGGGUUCGUAGCAUUGGAUCUUCUGUAAAACUGUGUGACCAGCUGCAAUCAGAGUAAGAAAAAACACUGCUGUGAGAUAGAGAGGAGAAAUAGAUAAAAGGUGAAAGUUGAGGGUCUGUUGAUGGCUCAGACCUCACAAUGAGUACAAUUUUACACCUCUACCUGCACUGGGGUCAGAGAAACACAACGGAAAUGAAUGGGAGGUGUUAUUAUAAUGUCUUUAAGAAGCUGAUUUCUGUACACAAUGGAAGUGCAAUUAGUUAUUACUAUAAUACCAAUUCAAAAGUUGUAAGUAUAUCAUGUAUAUGUAAGUAUAUCUAAGUCUGUGUGUUUUUUUCCUAAUAUGUUAUAAAAGCCUUCAAUAAAAAACAGCAAAAUCAAAGAAAAAAAACGAAAACCCUAGAAUCAACUAAAAACUAAAACCAAGAAAAGCUUGUGGCCAUGACAGCAUCAGGACAGAGAGGUUUAAACACAGCACCACUGAGCUGCAGCUGGCCGCGCUCAAAUUGUUCUCCAAGCUGGCUGCUUCCCUGAGAACUGGAGCUAGGGGCUUAUUUAAGCAUCAGGACAGAGAUGCUUAAACACAGCGUUUAAACACAAUAAAUGUGGAAUAAAAGGACUGAUCUCUUCACUCAAGGGCGAGGUGUUAGGCAGGGAUGUAACUUGUCCCCUACUCUAUUUAAUAUCUACAUAAAUAAGUUUGCGGUGCUAUUGGAAUAAUCUACAGCCCCUGUCCUAACACUAAACAAGAUGGAAGUUAAAUCCCUCCUCUAUGCAGAUGACCUGGUGUUGCUGAACAUCUGGACCUGCUAGAGCAGUACUGCCAGAACUGGGCCUUGACAGUAAACCAUAAAAAAUCUAAAAUAAUGAUCACCCAAAAAAAGGCAAGAUCUCAGGAAGGCAGACACACGUUCAGUCUAGGAAACAUCGCCCUAGAACACACCCUGUUCUAUAAUUACCUGGGUCUGAAAAUUAGUGCCUCUGGAAACUUUGGUUUGGCGGUGAAUUCACUGAAAGAAAAGGCCUUCUACGCAAUCAGAAAAUAAUUCUUCCAGAUUGACAUUCUAAUCAGAAUUUGGUCAAAAAUAUUUGACAGUGUAAUCCUGCCAAUUGCUUUGUAUGGAAGUGAAAUAUGAGGUCCACUUAGUGAACACGAUUACAUUAGAUGGGAAAAGCAUCAAAUUGAAGCCCUACAUGCAGAAUUCUGCAGAACAAUUCUGAACAUCCAGCUAAAAAAACACCAAACAAUGCAUGCAGGGCUGAAUUGAUUAUAAACAUACAGAAAAGGUCAUUCAAAUUCUGGAAGCAUCUGAAAUCAAGUCCCAAAACAACACUGCAGUUCCAUGCAUGUCAAACCCAAGAGCUGAACCCUGAAAAGAGUCCACUAAGUCAGCUGGUACUGAGACUAAUCAUCUCACACCUAACAAGAACAUCUCUCAGACCAGCACUGCUUCACAAACACAAAUCAGAAGAACCCAAAUUGUUAAACAAAAUAAAACCAUUUAUCUGAAACAUUGGAGCAACCAAACCAAAACACAAAACAAGCUUAAUUGCUACCUGGCCCUAAAACAAGAAUACAAAUUGGCUGUCCAAGAUAUGAAGCAGAGACGACUCCUUACCAAGUACAGACUCAGUGACUCCAACCUAGCCAUUGAAAAAGGUAGACAUAAAAAGUCCUGGCUACCAAAAGAACAGAGAAUAUGUGGUCACUGUAUGACAGGUGAGGUUGAAACGGAGGUUUACUUCCUUCUAAAAUGCCAAAAAUAUAAUAAUAUUAGAGAAAAAUAUUUUAAUAAAUUUAAAAAACAUAUCCCCAACUUUCUUCAUCUAGAAGAGAGCAACCAACUGCUGAUAGUCUUGGGGGAGGGACCAACUGCACAUAUUGCAGUAAAAUAUGUGUCUGAAUGUCACAUACUCAGAGACAGUGACUGAUAAACAUACAAAACUACAAUUUACAAAAACACACACACACAGAGGCGGCACGGAUGGUGCAGUGGGUAGCACUGCCGCCUCACAGCAAGGAGGUCCUGGGUUCGAAUCCCCGUCGGCCGGGGCCUCUCCCCGUGUCUGCGUGGGUUUCCUCCGGGUACUCUGGUUUCCUCCCACAGUCCAAAGACAUGCAGGUUAGGCUGAUUGGAGAGUCUAAAUUGCCCAUAGGUAUGAGUGUGUGAGUGAAUGGUGUGUGUGCCCUGCGAUGGACUGGCGACCUGUCCAGGGUGUAUUCCUGCCUUUCGCCCAAUGUAUGCUGGGAUAGGCUCCAGCCCCCCUGCAACCCUGUUCAGGAUAAGCGGGUUAAGAUAAUGGAUGGAUGGAUGGACACACACACAGAAACAUAUUGACAAAGUACAUGCCUGUUAUGUAAGCUGUUAUUAGAUUAUUAGCUUGUUAUUAGUAUGUUAGAACAAUUUGUAUGUAAUUGUAUGUAUAUGUGUAUGUUUUCCUGUUUAACAUGUUCCUUGCCAUGCUUUGGCAAUACAAAUGCAAAUUUUUUCAAGCCAAUAAAACAAUUUGAAUUUGAAUUUGAGAUAGAGAGAGGAUAGAGAGAGACACAGAGAGAGAGAGAGAGAGAGAGAGAGAGAGAGAGAGAGAGAGAAAAGAGCCAGCCCCUCAUCGAAUAGACAACGGACCGUCUACUCCCUGCCGCACGGACCCUAGGAGCUGGUCCAAACUGAUGCCGGACAUGUGAGCCUUAUAACGCACACUUUGUACUACUGCACCCCUGUGCACAAAAAAAAAACAAGAAAGAACAUAAAAAAUAAAAAGAUUCAUUUUUUCUGCCA